AUGAUUGAUUCUCUCAAUUGGGAGUUAUCUGGUAUUCGGUCGAGUUCAGGCCCGGGGGGUUCUCAUGAGAUGGAGAAAGCAAUUCUUAUGAAGCUUGAGGUGGCCUGGAAGUUGGAGGAAGCAUUUUGGAAGCAAAGAUCUCGUAUCAACUGGCUCUUAGAAGGUGAUAUAAACACUAAGUUCUUCCACCUUUCCACCAUAUACAGACGCAGCAGAAAUAGAGUAAGCAACAUUUGCUUGGACAAUGGCAAUUGGAUAAAUGGGGACAAUCAGAUUAAUGAGGCAUUUACGCAAUUUUAUAAUCAGCUCUACACAACUAAUGGUCCGAGGGAUUGGAAUGAGUCCCUUAGUGCUGUUACUGGUCAGAUUUCUAGCGAGCAGAAUGCAGGCCUCCAAAGCCCUUUCACCUCAGAGGAGGUUUUCUUAACUGUCAAGCAGCUUGGCAAUCUUAAGGUGCCAGGACCAGAUGGCUUCCCAGGAUUGGUCAUGAAGAUGGUCACAUCGGUAUCAUUCUCAGUCGUUAUCAAUGGGAGUCAAGGUAGCUCGUUUAGUCCCUCCAGAGGUCUAAGGCAAGGAGAUCCACUCUCUCCUUACCUCUUUUUGUUGAUUGGGGAAGUUCUCUCUCGACAUAUCUCGGCAGAUGAGGCCGAUGAAAUUGAGCCCUACAUGCCCGGGUUUUCUCACUUGAUGUUUGCGGAUGACACAAUCUUGUUCACUAAGGCCACGACUGAUGAUUGUAGAGCACUGAAAAAGAUUCUUGACACGGAGCGGGUUGGACAAAAUCUAGAGGGAUUGAGAGCUAAUGUCUUAUCUCAAGCUGGUAGAGAAGUCUUGAUCAAGACCAAGGUGCAUUGGAAGAAUUGGAAUACUCUCUGCAAAAACAAGCUUGAUGGUGGUAUGGGGUUUAAGAAUCUGCAAGCUUACAACAAGACACUUCUUGGUAAACAAUGUUGGCGUCUGGCUCAGAAUCCAAAUGCGUUGUGGUGCAUAAUUUUGAAAGCAAGAUAUUUUCCUCCUUCCAGCUUCUUAAGGGCAAAAAAAGGUUCCAAACCUUCAUGGAUUUUGAAUUCUCUUCUUGUAGGAAGAGAAACUAUUGACAAGAAUGCAAUGUGGAGAGUUGGUAAUGGCAAGAGCAUCGAGGCGAGUGAUAUUCAGGCCAUCAAAGCUAUGCCAAUAGGUGGUGAAAGGGAUAAUGAUGUGUUUUUGUGGCCAAAAAGCAAAAAGGGCUCCUUCUCUGAGCAGAAAAUGAUGCUUGAUAAUUCUAAGGCCUCAUCUUCUCACUCCAUCAACACACAGGAGGAAUCCGUGGAGCAUAGUUUAUUGCUAUGCCCUUGGACUUCUAAUGUCUAUGAUCAUGGAGAUAAUUUCAUGAUGAUUUAUUUUCAUCUUCUUGAAAUUUGGAACCAAAGAUGCAUCGCUGUUAUGAGAAAGGUGGUGCCAAAUCCGAUAGCAACAAUCUGCAACAUUAAGAGGAAUUUUACAAGUUGGACUAAGGCUCAUGAAAGCAGAGAGGGACAUUCGAGUGAAAUUAGGCUCAUUACUGAUGCUAGCAAGAAUUGGAGGCCACACUCACCCCUUUUUUUGGUAAAACUAAAUGUUGAUGCUGCUUGGAAGAAUGGUAUUAGUAAUAGUGGGAUGGAGAUUAUAAUUAGAGGUCAAAGUGGUGAGUCAAUUAUUGGUGCUAACCUUCUUAGCUCUCACAAUUCGGUGGUGGAGGCUGAAGCUGAGGCUGUGGUCAGAGGCCUUCAAUUGGCUGUCCAUGCUAAGUUGUCUUCAAUUGUGGUGGAUGGUUAUUGUCUUGAGGUAUGGAUGCUUUAA